GAGAGUCUCUUCCAAAAUCGCCCCAAAAUUCGAACGACUCGGUCGAAAAAAGUCGUGCGUCGCACAAAAUAAUUAAACACUCCCCGAAUAACACAACUAAAAAACCGUGCUAACUAACCGAAAGUGGGCGCCGAUCGCCGCGUUUUCAAUAAAACCAAACGAAAUGCAGUAAGCGGGCGUUUAAUUCAGCUAAAAGCAAGCAAAGCUCCGAGGCGUUGGCCAAAAAGAAGAAAAGCGAAAAAGAAACGGAGAAACGCAGUUGAAAAGAGAGACGCGAAAGAAGAAGAGAGAGAAAAAAAUGCAUACAGCAGGAGUGGUGGCGAUUUUUUAAUCAAAGCAGCAAAGCCAGUGUUUUCCAAGCCAAAUUCAAACGGGACUCGAAAAUAGAAAACAAAAAAGAGAUUCAUUAUAUGUAUUCCCGUACAGUGGUGGGCGAGCGAACGAACUAGCAUUCCAGUUAAGUGAACAUGUUUGUGGCCAGCAUAAGACCAUAAAAUCUGCCGAGCACAUUUUCCCCCGCUCGUGAAAAACUCGCAUACACACACACACACACACAUACACACGUACGCACACGCAGGCAGGCAGGAAAAUCGCGUGAAAAAUCAUGUCCAGCUGGGCAGAACGCGUCCAUAGGCGUGCCGCGGAUCUGGGCAACGUGGUGACCUCCUGCGGCCACCCCGCCACGGCCCCCUCCUAUCCGUACCGCCUGGAAAAGGUCAAAUUCGGGGUGCCCCUGGAGGAGGUGUGCAAGCACAACAACAACAUUCCCGGGCCACUGCUCGUCCUGAUCCUCAAGCUGAACAAGGAGUCGCCGAACCGGCGGGAUGUGUUCCGCGCCCCCGGCCACCAGGGGGCCAUGAAGAAGCUGAUCCACUUCCUGCAGGCGGGCCGCCUGGUCAACGUGGACAACUACUCGGUGUUCACCAUCGCCAGUGUCUUGAAGAAGUUCCUGCGCAAGAUACCCAAUGGGAUAUUCGGGCGCAGCGGCGAGAUGGAGCUGUUCGCCAUCAACGAUCUGCAAAAUGAAUCCGAGCAAACGGAGCGGCUGCACAGACUCUUCGGUUCGCUGCCGAAAUACACACAGCAUCUAUUAGUUUUACUGUUCGGCACAUUCCGGGUCAUCGCGAGCAAUGCGGCCCACGCCUCCACCGGAAUGACCAGCGAGGCGCUGGGCGUGUCCGUGGCCCCCAGUUUCUUUCAGUCCUGCGUGAGCGAUGGCAAAACCGCUCGCAUGGAGGAUGUGCUCAAGUUCAAGGUCUCUACGAAGAUCAUGCAGAAUAUAAUCGAUAAGUUUGCCACACAUGACAUCUUUGGGCGCGACAAUUACGAGUACUACGCCCGCGUCACAGGACGCAUUCUCAAGGUGCAGGACGAGUGGAUAUGCAGCUUCCAGUAUCCACCACCGCCACGUGGCAAGUUGGCUCAACAGAAAUACGCAUUGCAACAUUCUUUGGAGGCGGAGAAGACCUGGCUGCAGUGCCAAUGCGAGCGUUGGGGCUUACUGGCCCAGGAGGAGUCCCGCUCGACGCCCGCCCUGCUGACCAGCUCCAGUUCGGCGUUGGAGAACAGCGUCCUGUCGCUGGGCGUCUCCCCGGAGCACUCGUUCAUCGAAAGCUGCGCCCGUCUCUCGGUUUCACUGGAGGGACCCGGCAUCUAUGCCAUGACCUCGUCCCCGUUGCCGGCGAAGAGGAAUGGGAAUGGCAACGGCAACGGCAAUGCCACGGACUACGACUACGAUGACUAUGCCGACGACGACGAGGAUAACGAUGAGCUGGACGGUGUCCAUGACUUUGGUGCCGAGCUGGAGAUCAGCAGCAUAGCGCCGCCGCAGGGUAGUCGCGGCAUCUAUCGCCACAAGCAGCGUGCCCAGCAGCCACUUCACUACCAACAGCAGCAGCCGCAGCUUGUGCAGCCUCAGCACCAGCGGGACUACGACGAUGACGACGACGAGGAUGAGGAUGAGAUGACCUUUGUGAAGCGACGCUAUCGCCAGAACAAGAAGAAGCCCGCUGCGCCGAGUAGCAGUCACCAUCAGAGGCGAUUGCGCACGGGCACCAAGAGCCUCGAUGGCGGAGGAGAAAGGCGUGCGGGAUCGGGAUCGGGAGCAGCAGGAGGAGCUGCUCCAGGAGCAGCAGCUGGCAAUCCCACGCCCCCGAAGCUCAAGCAGCGAACCUGCAGUCGCUGCAAUCGGGGCAUUCGACACAGCAGCUCCUGCAGCUCCAAUUCUGCCGGAGCGGCUGGCUCGAACUGCGAAGGAGGAGGAGGCAGUGGAGGGACGGGAACCGGAAACGGAGGAGGAGCCGAGGGCGGCAUGACCAUGGAGGAGCUGAGGGCCGUCAACCGAUAUGCGGAGAGCACCAAGAGCCUCUCGUAUCUGCCACAGGUCCAUGAACGCCAAACCGCACGCAUGCGCACUCGCUCCGAAUGGUUCCUGGGUCCCCGGGAUGCGGUGGUCACGUUGCAACUGCCGGCGGACACGUGCAGCAGUUGCUGCUUGGCCGCUGCCGCUGGAUACUUGGGAGGCGGCAGCACCAGGGACAUGCGGCAGGCGCAAACGGAGGGCGAACGGAGUCAGGCGGCGUUGCUCUAUCACUUUUACCGCAGGCAACAGCAGCAGCAGCAACAGGAGCAGCAGGAGCAGCACUUUGACGACAUGAUGGACACCGAGGACAGCUACGGACAGCAGAAGGAGCAACAGCAGCAGCAGCAGGAGCAGCAACAGCAACAGAUACAUUCCAAGGGUCUCUUGAGACCACCGCCCAUGCAACACCAACAGCAACAGCAGCAACGUCGCCUGCUGCUGGACGUCAAUUCGGUUGGCAACAUCCGUUUGAGUAACAGCGCCGAGUCCAUUCAGUACGCAGCCCGACGACCGGUCGCCAGUCUGGGCCUUAAUCCCGGCCUCGGAGGCGUCACCAGCACCACCCACAAUCCCACCACCCGGCGGCUGCUCAUCAACGUGCCCCGGCAGUAUCGAUCCUCGCUGCGGCGGAACAAGGAGAAGCAGAUCGGCGGCAAUAGUCAGAGCAACAGUAGCAAUAGCCUGGGCAGUGAUCAGUUAACCGGCAAUCCUGGAGCAGUUGGAGGAUCGGCCGGCGGCGUUUCGGUGCUAAACAAGCCCCUGCUGAUGGUGGGCCUCCUGCCGGGUGCCGAGCAGCCACCGUCGGUGAGGAAUUCCAUUGCCGAGUGCGGCAUCUCGACGCCGGAUGCCAUGGACGUGGGCGUGGAGUGCAGCACCACGCUGAGCUUCAAGCCGCCGCGGCUGUAACAAGGACAACGGCCCAUUAAAUCGAACACUGAGGACACCCAGGACACAUCCGCAUACAACUAUGUUAAGAUCUAACCAUUUUUAAAGGUAUACCAUUUUUAAUACGUAUACUUCCAACACAAACACACAAAAAACGGGAGUAUCGAGGAUAUUUCUAGAGAUUUAAACACACCAAUUACAAUAAGAACCAAGCUGAUCAAAUUUGUGCAGUUUCUGCACCUUCUUAAUUGAAAACAGUGUUAAAUCUCUAGAGAUUUCCGUGAGACCUCAAAUAACAUCAUAUAUUAGGUUAUGGUAAACGAUAUAUGUAUUUAAUGUGUAUAGCAAGAAAAGGCUGAUUUUCUUUAGUUAAACCAACAAAACAAAAACCAAGAAAAAACGAACGAAAGAAAACAAACAUUUACAACUCAAACUAACUAUAUAAUGCAACAAAUUGCCAAAUUUUAUUCAGCAUUCAUUUCGUUGUGUGAUUUAGGUUGAUUUUAGUUUACGUUUUAGCCAAGAAUCUCUUAAACUUGAACAUUGUCAAGAUAAAAAUAAACGAAAUUUUCACCUGAUUGCAAACCGAAACAACGAUACAAAAGCAGAAGAAUUUCUUAACUGUGUAGCAUCUGAACAAUCCAACCAAUCGAUUUCGAGGCCGACUCUCUGUCUUUAUAAGAACCAUUAUAAAUGUUACUUCUAAGCUAUUCAAAUUUAUACUUAUCACGUGAAUGGAGCUCUUUAAAUGCAAUCAUAGACCCAAUUACAGAUAUACAUUCAUUUUUGAUACAGUCAAGUACAAAAGCAAAACUAGACGGAAACCAAUCGAAAAUAUUUAAAAUAAAUUCUACAUUAUUCUUAAAAAGAUACAAACAACACAAGCUAGCAUUUAAUAUAUAGUUAAGCGUUUUCAAAUUAUACUUGUAACUGCGAACGGAAA